AUGGAUAUUUUGAACAUACUAAGAGUGGAUCCUAAGGAUAGGGUACAUUUGCGGGUCAGAGAUCUCACAGUAGGUGUAAGGUCAAAACGUAAAAAUGACAUUGAGUCUGACCGCGGUUCAAGAAACAUAUUAGAUAACAUCUCAUUUGAACUAGGAAGUGGUGAGCUUUUAGCUGUGAUGGGAGGAUCGGGCACUGGGAAGACAAGCUUGCUCAAUGUUUUAUCCCAAAGACUUAAUUUGCAUAAUAAAAAGUUAGAAUUUAAAGGAUCCGUGGAAUACCUUCAAGACGGUGGCCCCAAAAAGAUCAGAUACGGGUAUUUGAUGCAACGAGAUGUUUUUCUACCUGGAUUAACUCUUUAUGAAACACUCAAAUAUCAGGCCGAUUUAAGAUUGCCACCCUCAGCUACCUCAAAUGAGAAAAUAGAAUUGAUCAAGUCAUUAAUGUCCAUUUUAGAACUCAACCAUCUAUCUGAUGAGGUCAUAUGCUCCUUCGGGACACAGGAAACGCAUUUUUCAGGAGGCGAACGAAGAAGAGUAUCGCUUGCAAUUCAACUCUUGUCCAAUUCAUCAAUUCUCUUCCUCGAUGAACCUACGACUGGAUUAGAUACCUCAAGCUCGUUGAAAUUAAUGCAAAUGCUAAAGAAAUUGGCAUCUCCUGAGAUAGGAAUCACAGUGAUAUUAUCCAUAUAUCAACCAAGAAGGGAAAUCACUUACUUGUUCGACAAAAUUUGUUUAUUAACAAGCGGUGGAAGAAUUGUUUACUACGGUACUUUCGUGGAUUCCCCGUCGUAUUUUGCUAGCCUAGAUUUUGCGAGAGACCAAAUAAAAAGAGCAAAGAAUGCUUUUGAUUCCAUAUUAGGCUUAUCAGCUAAGGAUUCUACAUCAAAGCUACGAGAAGAGAAGACGGCUGAAAGAAUUGAAAAGCUUGUAGCGCAUUGGCGUUCUUACUCUAACUCGAUCCCUAUUAUAUUGAGUGAGAAGGAAAUGCAGAAAAAUUUUGAGGAGAAUGUGAGACAAUUUUCCAAGAGUAGUGAUGAGAAAAUUUCAUUCUUUAGAGAAGUAUUCGUCCUAACAAAAAGAGUCCAUCUUCUUACUUUAAGAGAUAAGAGCUCUUUGCUUGCAUUAAAUGGAUUAGCAUUGUUCUUUGGAAUUGUUUCAGGAUGGCUCUUCUUCAAACCCGGACUGGAUUUGGCUGGUAUCAGAGCAACUACUUCUUGCCUCUAUGUCGUUCUUGAGGUUAUAGGGUUUUGUCCGAUGUACAUAGAAAUAGAGCGUCUCUGGUCUGUUGAUGGAGUUUGUUUCUUGCGAGAAUAUCAAGAAAAUUGCGUUAGCAUUCCAGGGUUUGUUCUUUCGAGAAAGCUCGGUAAGUUUUUCUUGGAAGAAGUUCCUAUUUCAAUCAUUUAUUCUGUCAUUACGUACUUCAUGUUCGGAUUGAGAAUUGAAGGAAGUGGAAGCUAUUUUCUAAUCUAUUGGGCUGUAACUCUUCUAGUUACUGUUAAUGGUAUUUCAGCAGGUCUUUUGCUUUUUGCAGUAGCUCCAGACUUCGCUGUGUCAUCCUUAUUAACAAACGUGUUUUACCAAUUGCAAAAUAGUGCAUGCGGUUUUUUUGUUAACGCAGGUACCAUUCCAGUCUACGUCAGAUGGACUAAAUAUAUAGCGUACUUCUGGUAUGCAUUUGGCGCAUUAUGUGCUAAUCAAUACACUGACUGGAUUGGAAGUUGUCCCUAUGAAUCUGGUAGUGAUAGUUGUGUUCAGUAUACAGGGAACUAUCAACUAGAUAUACUCAGUUUUCCUAAAAAUUGGAUACAAGAGCCUAUAGGAAUAUUGGUAGCUUGGUACUUCGGUUUCAAUAUUUUGUCUGCUUUUACUUUAACUUUCAAGAAUCUUGAAUCAUCUGUCGCUCAAACCAAGCAAAACAAAAUAGGUGACGAAGAAGAAGAAGAUGAUGAAGAAGAAGAAGACGAAGAAGAUACUCAGGACGACGGAAGCUCUAUGAAGGAUAUUGAAAAAGAAAGCCAAGAAAUCAGAAGACAAUCGUCGCUUGAGAAAGUUUUUAAAUCUGGUACUAAUUCUGAUAUCACUUAUCUUCAAACAACUACUUAUACAGAUGUCAAUUACAAUGACAACCUGUUGAACGAUGCUGCCCGAGUAGAUUCUGAUACUACCUGUAAUGAUCUUGAUAUUAGUGUUAAAGAUAUUAACCUAAGCGUGGUUCCUCCGAGGUUUACUUUGAGAAGAAAUGGAGAAUUUGAAAAGAAGCUUUUGCUGGAUGUUUCAUCGGUGUUCAAAUCAAGAACUGUCAAUGCUAUCAUGGGUCCUUCGGGAAGUGGGAAGACUACGUUUCUUAAUUUUCUCGCUAAUAGGCUAGCAUUUAAAUAUAAAUCGACUGGGGCUAUUUAUCUUAAUGGCUCCCAUCAAAUUUUGAAUUCUCAAUUAGCAAAAUUAUCUGCUUAUGUUACUCAGCAUGAUAAUGCAUUAAUGCCUAGGCUAACUGUGAGGGAAACGUUAUACUUCCAAGCAAGACUAAGGCUCCCACUUGAAGACCACAACAAGAUUCCGCUUAUUGUGAACACAAUGUUACGAAAGACUGAGCUUGUAGAUUGUGCCGAUACCUUGGUCGGGUCUGAGUACAUAAAAGGUAUCUCAAAUGGAAAUAGAAGGAGACUAUCUAUUGGUAUUCAGCUUUUGUCAAAACCACGCAUUUUAUUUCUUGACGAGCCAACGUCAGGCUUAGACACGAGGUCUGCAGGGGCAUUAUUGACGCUUUUAAACAAUUUGAGUAAAGAAGGAAGAACAAUUAUCCUCACAAUACAUCAACCUAGCGAGGCCAUAUUCAGUCAGUUUGGUAUGCUAUUACUUUUUGCUAAAGGUGGGCGUGUCAUGUAUAGUGGUGUUGCAUCUUAUCUAAGGGAUUAUUUUAACUCUAUUGGGUUAGAUGUUCCAGAGGAUAAGAAUAUUGCAGACUAUGCUCUUGACUUAAUGUCUCCUGGAAUCAAUGAUGAUGAUGAUAUGGUGGCCAAGAGAGUUGAAAGUAUUGUUUCGUCUUGGAGUGUUAGAUCUCCAACUAUAGAAUUUCAUGAUUCUAAAGAUGCGAUCGAUCUCGGGGCCCUUGAAAAAAAAAGCCUCCCUUCUUCCUAUACCUUGACUGCAAUCGUGAAAAGGCAGUUUGUCAAUUCUGUGAGAACCAAAGAUGCUCUUAUUUCAAGGGCUGGUCAGACUAUCUUCCAGGCGGUCGUAAUUGCUUUGUAUUUUGCACCAUUGAGGAAUUCAAAUGAUGGUGUCAACAACAGAUUAGGUUUGAUUCAAGAAGUUAUGAAUUUGUAUUAUGUUGGACUAGUCAACAAUAUUUCAUUAUAUCCUAUUGAAAGAAAUUUGUUUUAUCAGGAGUAUGAAGACGGUCUUUACGGUGUUCUUGAAUUUAGUGCAUCAUAUUUACUACUCGAGUUACCGACUGAAAUAAUUCCAAGUUUAAUAUUUGCGGUAUUCAUAGUGUUUGCUUGCGGUCUUCCACGGAAUGCAAGUAUGUAUUUCAGUAUGUUUCUCUCGGGACUAGCAUUAAUAAAUUGUGGUGAAUCUUUAGGUAUUGUUGUCAACAGUGUUUUCAGUCACUUGGGAAUAGCCUUGAACGUAUUGUCAUCUUUGGUAAUUGUCGCUAUUUUUAUGGGAGGAACAAUGUCAAUCAAUAUGCCCUCAUUUUUCUACGGAAUUAAUUACAUUAAUCCCGCCAAAUAUGCCGUCGGGAUAUGCUCUAGGUUAGGAUUUAAGAAUCAGGAUUUUGACUGCGGUUCAGUCGAAUGUACUCUUGAUACAGGCAAGAAGGUUUUAGAAUACUAUAAUCUUAAUAUUGACUUAAGAUCAUAUUUUGGUGGUCUAAUUGCAUGCUUAAUUGCUUACAGAGCAGUGGCGAUAUUAACUUUGUACAUAAGAGUACGGUAUUAUAAUUAG